GUGUCCUAAAUGGUCCCUGGAAGGGAAACGUUUGCACGCUCGGACACGCCAGCUUGGACUUUUGCGCAUGUGCAGUGACCCCAAGGCGCUGAGAGCACACACUCGAGUCGCAUCUCGCGUGUGAAGUGCUCGCCCCGAGCGUUGUCCGUGCGUGGCAUCUGGAGAAUGUCCGCCCCGUUCGAGGAACGCAGCGGGGUAGUUCCGUGCGGGACGCCGUGGGGCCAGUGGUACCAGACCCUGGAGGAGGUGUUCAUUGAAGUCCAGGUGCCCCCGGGCACGCGCGCGCAGGACAUCCAGUGCGGCCUGCAGAGCCGGCAUGUGGCUCUGUCCGUGGGUGGCCGCGAGAUCCUCAAGGGAAAGUUGUUUGAUUCUACAAUUGCUGAUGAAGGAACAUGGACUUUAGAGGAUAGAAAAAUGGUCCGCAUUGUCCUGACAAAGACCAAGAGAGAUGCUGCAAACUGUUGGACUUCCCUUCUAGAAUCUGAAUAUGCAGCUGAUCCCUGGGUGCAAGACCAAAUGCAGAGAAAACUUACAUUAGAGCGAUUCCAGAAAGAGAAUCCUGGUUUUGACUUCAGUGGAGCAGAAAUCUCAGGGAACUACACAAAGGGUGGACCAGACUUCUCAAACCUUGAGAAAUGACUGCUAUUCUUUAGUUUUGUUCUGUUUUGUGGAUCCCAGCAGGUGCUGGCAACUUAAUGCAGCAAACGAUAUGAAGGAUGAAAACAUAUGGAUGUCUACAAUUAACAUAUUGCAAAUGUAUUUCAAGAUGGUUCUAAAAGAUUACAUUCAGAUAUGAUUUACAUAGGAAGUACAGCAGCUAUCCUACGAAUGGAUGGUAACUUUUAUUCUCUGCAUUAAGUUUAUGUGCUACUUUACUAAUUUCAUAUUUAAUUGUAUUUUUAUUACAAAAGCAUUGGAGUACAAAUCAUAUGAAAUGAAAAAGUGCCUUCAGGGAUUUCUUUUUUUGGGGGGGUAAGAUACAGAAUAAUGUUCAGUAAACUUCUGAGUAAGAAUUAUGCACCCCUUUAUCCAUUCAAGGAAAGCACAGUGCUGGACAAACUAAGAAAGGAAAAGGGUAUUCAGAUGAUCUUUGGAUAAUUUGAAUUAGUGAAAAACUGUAACUGAUGUGAUUCUGCUGCCUAAGUGAUUAUGUCAAGAAAUUGAAAAACACUACCAGUGAACCUGUUUGUGUCUGAAAGCAAAUUUAGGUUCCUGAGUAUAAACCAGUGGCUUCAUUUAAGUUUAAUGAUUCGGUCAGAAAGAGGAUUGCCUAGAGCAAAUUGCUUUUCUCCUAUUUAUGUCUUUUAAUUCUUUAAAACAUAGUCUGAAAUGUGUAGGAAGCUUAUAAGUGUGAAGUAUUAACAGUUUUAAAAUCUUGUGUUAUUUUUUAAUAAACUGACAUGAUGCUGUCA